UCAAAAAACUCUCUCUAAAAAACAUGGAAAACAACUUCAAACUUCGAAUUUCUAAACUAUUUCAAUCAUCUUUCAACUCUUGCCGGACGGAAAAAAACAUCUCCGACGUUGCUUCUUCCGAUCAACCCUUUUUCUUCCCGGAAAACCGCCAUCAUCGUCAAUUAAUCGACCUUUUUUCACCAAAACCACAGCCCAUUGCACAUUCAUUAUCUAAACCAAAACCCCAUUUGCCCAAGACAAAAAAAUCUAACGAAAAAGCCCAUUUUCCAGUCACCGGGAAACCACACUCUGUUUCCCCUGUUUUUGACCCACCUCUGUUUUACCAAAAAAAACCAAAACAAUCCAAGAAAAAGAAACCCCAUUACAGAAAAACACUCAAAAACCAUGAUUUCACAUCAAUAACAGAUAAUUACUACUAUGAUUGCUGUAGCAGUGAUGAAGAUUACGAAAUGGACGACGAAACCACUCUGUUUUCAUCUCGGUCCUUUUCGUCGGAUUCUUCUGCUUCUUUUUACCAAAAAAGAGCGCCAAGAAAGAAGAAAAGAAGUGUUUCAAGUGGAUGUAAAGAUAAAAAAGCUACUGAUGUGAUACCAAUCAAAGGGAAAUGCAAAUUGGUUAAAGAUAGUAUUGCAAUUGUGAAAAAAUCAAGUGACCCACAUGAAGAUUUUAGGGUUUCAAUGUUGGAGAUGAUUGUUGAAAGACAAAUCUUUGGAUCACAAGAUCUUGAGAAUCUUUUGCAGUGUUUUCUGUCACUAAAUUCUGAAGACCAUCAUGGUGUAAUCUAUGAGGUUUUUACUGAGAUUUGGGACACUCUGUUUUUCUGACUCUGUUUUUUAUUCUUCCUUCAGUUUAUGUUUUUUAUCUCUUAAUUUUUUUUUCUAACUUUUGCUAAACAUAACUCUAUCGGCUAUUAUUAACUUUGUCAUGACACGUAUAAA